GAGCAAGGGUACAGAUGGCUGAGAAAUGACAACUCAGAUAAUGUUAAACACGAUCAAAAUUCAGCAUCAAGAGCUGAAUCGGAGAACCUGUAUUGAGGCACGAUUGAGAAGUGACAGCUACGUUGUACGUGUCAAAGCUGUGGUUAUGACCAGAGAUGACUCAGGGUGGUUACCACAGGAUGGAGGUGGUCUUAGUCGAGUUGGUGUCUGUAAGGUCACACAACCAGAAGGCACUGGCCGAAGUGAUUUUCUGAUCCAUGGUGAGCGACUUCGAGACAAGCUGAUUGUAUUGGAAUGCUUCUUAAAGAAAGACCUGGUUUACACUAAAGCAACUCCAACAUUUCACCACUGGAUGGUAGACAACAGAAAGUUUGGACUCACCUUUCAGAGCCCUGCUGAUGCGCGUGCGUUUGAUCGAGGUGUGCGGAAGGCAAUAGAGGAUCUGACCGAAGGGUCAACAACGUCAUCUUCCACAAUUCAGAAUGAAGUGGAGGUCGGCGAUGAUGAUGUUUUUACAACGUCAACAGCAAUCUGACCGCAUAGCAGGUAGCCCCGUGCUCGAGGGGCUGAAUGGCCUCCUUGUGUUAUUGCUGACAACGUUUUUCCAAAUGUUCAGGGAUUUUAAGGAACAGUAUGGCCUGAAGCCAGUCACAAUAUCCUGAUGGGUUCCAGGGCUGGUCCUACAGAAUCCUCCAGCCUGGAAUUGCUGUGUAGCUGUGAUGGUCAACACAAUCUAAUGAUCCAACCAUUCCCAUCUGACGGUGCUCUGUACAUUCUGGCCAUGUUUCUCGUAAGCACCCAGCCAGCAUGCUUCAUCCACCAUCGGUCAAUGGAUUUCUGCUUUGCUGUAACUGGACAGAUGGGAUUCUGUCCCUUCGGUAGCCCCAAGAUGAGUACUUGAGGGUUUUGUGCUGAAUAGAGCACCAGGUUUCGUAAUUCAGUGUUCACCUGGUCAUUAAGGCAGGUGUGUGAAUGCCCUUCACAAAGGUUCCUGCCAGAAGUGACUUCCUUCUCCCCCAAAGUACCUGCAAAAGCCUUCCAGUGAGCCCACGGAUUUCAUGCCUGCACAGGCUGGUCACAAAAAGCCUGCAAACCUUGCAGUGACACUGAGACACAGUCACCACGAGGGGGUAAAAGGGAUCUGAAUUCACUAUGAACAUAUCUGCUAUUCCAGAACAAAACUGGGUUUAAAAAUCCAUAUCCUCAGACACAAGGCGAUGGGUCAGAAUCUGUACCGUGCCCUUGAUUUCACCAGCUCGUCAUUACCUAUGUGCUAUCCCCUGACACCCGUGAGGAAGAGGGGGAGAAUACUUGUUUAGUUUUCUUCAAGGACCUCCACGCCCGGCUCUUGCUGCGUGUUUCCGAAUUUUGUGUCUCGUCUGUCCUCGUGACACAGCGACAGUGAUCAUUUGGAGUGAUGAAAAGUUGCUGUUCUGCAGAGGUGCUCCAUUCUUUAUUAAAGUGAAAAAUGUAUCACAAAAGUAAGAUGUCUCUUUCCCUAGAUAUUCAUGACAAUUUGUGGAGUUCUGUAACACAUAUUUCAGCAUUUUGGACUAAUGUGAGGUGUGUUUCAAACUAAAAUGAUAACUUGAAAUUAUUUUCUCCACUAGUGGGGAAGGUACUUUUUAUUGAAGUGCUGUGAUCUAAGUUUAUUUCUUGGGGAUUAAAACUCUGAAAUAAG